UAGCAAUUUCCUAAAUAUACUUUAUUAUAAAAUGAGGUCUUGAUUUUGAAAAAUACACUACAAUUUUCGGCCAUCCCAUUUUAGAGAGAAGAAAAUUUUAUUUUGUGUUCAAAGUUAUUUUCUAAUGUGUUAGAAAUAUACACAAAAUAUUAUAAAGAAAUAUUUAUAAGAUAAAUAUUUUUACUAUAUAUUUAUUACUCCCAAAGUAGUAUUAUUAUAGUUUUUACUAUCCUAAAUUAAACUUGCUAGCACAAGUUUAAUCUAGGACUCCGGAGCAAGUUCGUGUGGAUACGUUGGAGGCUUCAUACGUUUGGCGCUACGUUCAUCUCCUCAAAACCAUCCCCGACCGUUCCUCCGUUCUCCAUUUUCACCGUUAAGGUCAGUUUCUUCUUUCACCAUCAUGAUUAUCUCUGAUUCUGACUCGGCUUUCCCGUCGUCCAACUCUCACCAAGCCGAUCAAUCGGCCUCUGGCCAUGACCAAAGUCAGACCCAAUCGCCUCAGCCAUUGUCGGCAGCCGUGCCCGGCAACAAGCUGCGCCGACUAAGGAAGCAAUCCCCCCCCAACCCCAGCACGGGAGGGCUCGAGGGUUAGGCUGGAUGAGAACAUCAUGGCGUUGUGCCAUUAUCAAAUCACUGAUCGUGGGUUUUCCGAUGCCAUUGACAUGGUCGGGCCCUCCAUUGAAGUCCUACGACCCACUAGUACCCAAACUGCCCUGGACGCCCCUUCAGGGUUCUUUACUGUUCAUCUGGCCUCUCUGAAGAAGGGGCUGCAGUUCCCUCUCCACUCACUGCUAGUUGAGUUCCUCAACGAGGUGGACCUCCUUCCUUGCCAACUGGUCCCUAAUUCUCACCAGUACAUUGCUGGUUACCUGAUCAGAUGCAAGAAAGGGGCCGUCGAGAUUAAGAAGGUGGUGACCGAGGAGUCUCUAGCAGCGCUGGGGUUUGAGUUUGUCCAAGACGAGCAUUGCCAUCAGCCUGACCUGCUAAGGGACUUCCCUGGGGGAAGCGUUGAUUGUGGCCCCUUUGUUGAGCCAAAGGGGUUAGAAGAAGGGAUGGACGGUGAUCUUUUGAUCGGCCACUUCAUGGUAGGGAGGAAGAGGAAGAGGGAUGCGACCCGGCAGGGCAAAGGCAAACGCUCUUCCUCGCGCGGCGGAGAUAGCCCUCCACGGGAACAGAUUGUGAUCGAAGUGGAAGAUCGGGAUGACGUGGCUCCGGAGACGGGAACAAUGGCGAUCAGCUCCCCACCACGCUCCCUGAUGCUGGGUGGCGGCCUGGCCACGCUGGGCAUGAUCGAGCUCGUCGGCCGGAGGCAAGAUCGCCAAGCGGCUAUGGACGAGGCGAAGAAGGCUUCCAAAGAUAAGCAGAGGGAGCUGCAGGAGGAGGUUGCUCGCCUUGAAAGGGAGUUGGAGGAGGAUAAAGGUCGCUCUGCCAACCUGGUGAUAGAGAACGCCUCCCUAUCUUCUGAGGUGGGGUCCGUUUCUGCCCGUGUAACUGAGUUGGAAGGAGAGAAGGGCGAUUUGAUUGAGCAGAUGGAGGCUGAGAAGAGCGACCAGGCCCGUCGCCUAGAGGAGGCGAUUGAGUCCUUCAAAUCCUCCCCUGAGUUCACGGCGGUCGCUAUGGAAUGGAUGGACAAGCUGGUGGUCGAGUGGCUCAAUAUCGGGCCAAGUGCUCAAUGGAUGGUCAAGGAGGCAGAGAAGUCCUUCAACUGCAGACUCUUCCGAAACUGGUCUUCCGCGACAAGCUAGCUCGGCUUCCCAAAGGAAUCUCCUUCCCUGACCUUGGUCUUCCUCCUCCUUGUCGUGCCUUCGCUGAGUUUGACCCUAGUCCUUACUUGGACGAGGAGAGUUUGAGCGCCACCGACGAGGAAGAGGAGACCGUAGUGCAGGGCGACCAAGAUGGGCAAAGCGACCAGGUGCCUGGGGCC